AUGACAGCCUUUGACAACAGUACAGCUCUCUAUUCAGGAUAUUGGCUGCAUGAUUCACUCCAUGGAGAUCCAUUUGUUUCCAAACUUUCCUGGGAAGCUGAUAUAAUAUCAGCCUGUUACUUAAUAGUCACAGGGCUGCUUUCAACACUGGGGAAUGGAUACGUGAUUUACUUGUCAAUCACACAAAAGAGAAAAUUGAAACCUCCUGAAAUAUUGAUAACCAACCUUGCAAUCAGUGAUUUUGGAAUGUCAGUUGGAGGACAACCCUUUCUGAUUAUAUCUUGCUUUUCACAUCGAUGGAUAUUUGGAUGGGUCGGCUGUCGCUGGCACGGAUGGGCAGGAUUUUUCUUUGGUUGCGGGAGUCUUAUCACAAUGACUGUUGUAAGCUUGGACAGAUACUUAAAAAUCUGUCAUUUGCAAUAUGGUAGUUGGCUUCAAAGGCGUCAUGUCUUCAUGUCCUUAGCUUUCAUCUGGUUUUACGCUGCAUUUUGGGCUACAAUGCCGCUGGUUGGAUGGGGGAACUAUGCUCCAGAACCUUUUGGUACAUCCUGCACUCUGGACUGGUGGCUUGCACGGGUCUCUGUAUCUGGACUAAUCUUCGUUCUGACAAUACUAUUCUUUUGCCUCUUGCUUCCAAUAAUUAUCAUAGUAUUUUCAUACAUAAAGAUCAUAGCCAAAGUUAAGUCAUCUGCCAAAGAAGUUGCCCACUUUGAUUCAAGAAUUCAAAAUCACCAUAGCCUGGAAAUGAAUCUAACAAAGAUGGCAAUAUUUAUAUGUGGAGGUUUCAUGUUUGCUUGGAUCCCGUAUGCAGUUGCAUCAGUGUGGUCAGCUUUCGGGAGUCCUAAUUCAGUGCCAAUUGAGGUUUCUGUAAUACCGACAAUGCUUGCAAAGUCAGCAGCAAUGUACAACCCCAUCAUAUAUCAAAUUAUUGAUUGUAGAUGUGUAAGUCUAAGCAGGAUUACAAUGAUUUGUGACUUCUUCAGAUCAGCACGCCAAAAGACAACAUUUCGGAAACCUAGACCGUUUAUGGUAACCAGAAAUAACAAUUCCUUGGAUUUCAAAGAGACACAUUUGGAGCUUGAAUUGAAUUAA